AUGGAGGCAUUACGCUUGAAGCCACGACAGCCCGUGGAAGAACAGAUUGAGGAUUGGGAUGAUGGCGACUUUCAGAUCGAUGCCGGCGAGGCCCCCUUUCGCCCCGCCAAUUCGCACAACCAACCGCCGAGCCGUCGCGACUCGCACUCAUCCGUCAUGUCCUUGCGCUCCGAGCUCGAGUCACUACCCGGCGACGAGAGGCAGCUGCAUCUGCCUGGCGAUGACGAGCGGUCGACCCUCGACGCCAUUGCCGCUGCCACCAAGGCCGGCAUCCCUAUCCCGCAAAACGUCCCCUCGUCAGCCCUCAUGGGCGGCACGAUCAAGCGCCUGGGCGGUCGCAAGAUUAAGAGGAUCAUCCAGGACGACUGGGAGAACGAUCUCGAGCUGCCGGAUUCCGCACAAGCCCUUCGCAUCAAACCACAAGACGCCUCGCAGUUCCCCGACGCCCUGCGGCAAGUAAGCGGUCCUCACUCGAGCCCCACCAAAUUGUCGGCCGCCGUCCGUCUGUCCAUCAGCAAGGACGAGCGGAGACAAUCUACCAUGUCCAUGUCGAGCGUCGUGUCGGGCGCUGCCAACCUGGACAAGUUUAAAGACAACGAUGACGAAGACGAUGACUUCUUCGGUGACGGAGGCGCUACCAUCAAAGUGUCCAAGACGCGCCCACCCAAGCCCAUCUCCCUCAUCACGCCGCCCACACCGCAGAAGAUGGAGAAGACGGACAAGAUUGCUGGUGCCGACGACGACUUUGAGGGCGACUUCGAGCUGCCCUCUGACGGCAAGCUCAAGCUCUCCACGCGUAAGACCAUUCCCAAGACGCCGGCAACGCAGGCCGAGGAUAUGGACUGGGGUGAAGGCAGCUUGGGCACUCGAUUCGGCGGCACCAGGAGAGACGGCCGAUCCAACCGAAGCUCCUCGGCGUCCGCCCUCAGCCCCAGCGUGUCCAGCUCGUUCACUGCCGAGAGUGAAGACGACACCUUUGAGGGCCUCCUGCUGCCAAGCGGACACGUCAACUUUGAGGAGCGACUCGUGCGAAACAGAAAGAGCCGCUCGCCUGUGCGUGCUGUGGAAGAGGAGCCUGCCGAUCUCAAGACUCCUCAGCCUCAGGUCCAGGCGCCUCAGGGCCAGCUCGCACCGCGCGCUCCCCAAGCCGAAGCCGACAAGGAUGACAUGUUUAAUGAUCUUGAGCUCGGCGACGGCGAAGUCUUUGAUUCGGGCAAGCUCACACUACACCGUAACAUCCGCAUGAACACAAACCGCCCCGCCAGCCCGACGCGGCCCAAGACGGCCGUCUCCAUCACCUUCACCAACAAGCCCGUGCAGUCACGUCUGCCGAGACCGAACCAUGAGCGCGCUCAGUCAUCUUUGGAGCCCGUGUCGGAGAGUGGCGGUCCCAUUCAGUCCAGAUCGAGGCGGUCGCAGUCACGCAUGGGUCACUCGUCACAUUCUUCCGUCACCAGUCUACCCACACCAACGACGCCUUCUCCCAUUCAGCUCAUACAACCCGCGACGCCCCGCAGGCGAGAGAUGAGCAAGCCUACAUCCCACGCCUCUCUCCGCAACGAGCCCACCACCACCAGCUCCCAGCUGCUGAAGUUUAAGCGAUCCUUGCCGGCCAUGCGAGCGACGCCGCAGUCGCCCGCCAAAGCCCCCAUUCCUCGAUAUGAGAGACCCCCCUCUCGCACCGAUGGCCGCCCGCAGUCGUCUCUGCGACCCAAGACGCCGGUCGAGAGACGAGCUGCUGGAGAGCCCGCGCUUCAGACGGCCCGCAAGCCGUUCCUGCCCGCUGGUUCAUCUACCACGCACUCACAUCACAUAUCUGCCAAGACGGGACGGUCACUGCGACGUCACGACUCGAACAGUUCCAUUGAUCUCCGGCCCGCCUCGAGGACCGUCUCCCGGUCCGCGAUGCGCUCGCCUAGUCCGCAGCGCCUCCACCGCAGCGCCAACCAGAUCGCCCAGGGCGGACCGCGGGCUGGCUAUUACCAGAACCGAUCCAAGACGUUUGGUGACGGGCAUGAGCUCGACGCUUUUGACGACCUGCCUACGUCCAGCCAGGCAGAGUCCAAGUACGUCUGCCAGCCAGCAAAGGCCCCUCUCCGAAACAAGAUUUACCAGAACGUGCUGCCCGACCGCAACACUACCCCCUCACCGGUGCCUCAAUCGCCAGCCAGAUUCGACCGAUCUGACAGCACACCACACUUUGCCCGCGACACUGCAGCUAGCAGGAUCGCGCGGGAGACGUCACUGGCUCACCGUGCUCCUUCCAAUGGACCGCUCGCACAAUUGACGACCCAGCGUGUUGCGCAGCUUUCUAGCAGAAACAACUUUCACCCGGGUGUCCCACAGCCGACGGUGCGCUCUAAGAAGCAUCGCAGCAAGCCUCCGCAGCUCAAGCCGCAUUUGAUCACCAACAUGAACAAGGACAAUUCUUCAAGGCACGAGAAGGGCAUGUUCUAUAACCCACAAACACACCGAUGGGAAGGCAACGAGAACGCGCUCAGCGCCUUCGACCCCCCAAUGCCUUCACCUUCGACUCUGACCCCCAUCGCUCAUCUGCCGCGCGAGAAAGAGACUGGCACACCUCGCCCGGCUCUCAUCACCAACAUUACCGGGACCAAGAACGUUCAGGUCGUCGGAGGCAUGGUGUUUGACCCGCAGAACAUGUGCUGGCUCAAGCUGGACCCUCAGAAUAAAGCAAAGUCCGAGUCCAAUGAUACGAUGGAUGGCUUCAACGCCCUGGACGACGAUGAUGAUGUUUUCAAAGACAUCCCCGACCUCGAGGACCCUCCUGCCGACUCUGCUGAAGGCGGUCACGGCCGUGUCAGCGAUGUCAAGGACGACUGGCUUGUCGGCGAGGAGUUUGACGUCGGCCCCGAAUUUGUGCGCCGCCAGCGUGAGGAAGAAGACCGGUGGAGGAAGAAGUGUGAGAAGUGGCUCGACGUGCCCGACCGCAACCGCGAGACCUGGCGCUGGGCCAUCCGCGAUCUUCUUGUGCACCAGCGCACCACGGCGCAAUAA